UCUCAGUCCAGGAAAAGAUAAAGAAAAUUGAUGAUGAAUAUAGGACAGAGAGAAAAGGAGAGGAAUUUAAUCGAAUUGGAAUAUAUUUCUACGAUUUCUCUAUUGAUUCCUUCAUAAUUUAUUUAUGCAGCAUUGCUUUCUGGAGCCUUUUCCCUUUUUUAAUCUCUUCAAUUUCACCGAAACUCCCUUUGAUCACAUCAUUUUUUCUUCUUUUUUUUUUUGAAUUUUUCCUAUUUUGAAUCACACCCUUUUGUGUACUUUUUUAGGCUUUUAUUUUUCCUGCUUUGAUUCAUUGAUUUUGGUUUUGUGAUGUUUGAUUGUUGAUUCGAAGUUAACACAGAGAAGAAGAAGAAGAAGAAGAAGAAGCAGAAGAAGAAGAAGAAGAAGAAAAUCGAGACUAGUGAUUAUAGGAAUUUUGUGUUACCGAUGCCAGAUAAUAGUAAUAAUAACAACAAUAAUAGGCAGGUUAAGAGCAAUGCUGUGCCAAAUCAAUCUCCUGAUAAUAUUGAAGAUGGAAUUUGGCGGUUGAAAAUUCAUGAUAAUCAAGAACAAGGUGGUAUGGCUCCAUCAAGUCCAUACCCAGAUCGUCCUGGUGAACCAGAUUGUAUCUAUUAUCUAAGGACCGGAUUAUGUGGUUAUGGAAGUAACUGUCGUUUUAAUCACCCUCCUGCUGCGCUGGGCACUCAAUUUAUAGAAGAGCUUCCUGAAAGAGUUGGGCAACCUGACUGUGGGUACUAUUUAAAGACAGGGACCUGCAAAUAUGGUUCAACAUGUAAAUAUCAUCAUCCAAGGGACAGGAAUGGUGCAGGGCCUGUUUCAUUUAACAUUCUAGGUCUUCCCAUGCGACAGGAUGAAAAAUCAUGUCCUUAUUAUAUGCGGACUGGUUCAUGUAAAUUUGGAGUUGCAUGCAAGUUCCAUCACCCCCACCCUGCACCACUUGGAACUGGGUUGCCUUUGACUGGACCUGCUGUCUCUGGGCCUAUGGGAACAUCAAUUAUGCCUUCAUCAGGUCUGCCUUAUCUAGGUGGGCUUCCAGCAUGGUCAUUACCAAGAACACCAUAUGUGUCUGGCCCUCGUCCACAGGGUCCACAGGCAUAUAUGCCUGUUGUUCUUUCUCCUUCUCAGGGUGUCAUUCCAGCACAAGGCUGGAACACCUAUGUGGGAAACUUGAAUCCCAUGUCUUCUGCUAGUGUUUUGGGAUCUAGUCUUGUUUACAACUCUAGGAAUCAAGGUGAGUCAGGAUCUAGUGGACAAGUACUUUUGCUAUCAACAACCACCUCUAAUCUCCCUGAGAGACCUGAUCAACCAGAAUGUCGGUAUUAUAUGAAUACUGGGACCUGCAAAUAUGGAUCUGACUGCAAGUACCAUCAUCCAAAAGAAAGAAUUGCACAACUAGCAACGAGUUCUGUUGGCUCACCUGGUCUUCCCUCAAGGCCCGCACAACCUGUAUGUUCAAACUACAGUAUGUAUGGACUAUGCAAAUUUGGUCCAACUUGCAGAUUUGAUCAUCCUUUCCCUGGAUAUCCGUAUAGCUACAGUUUGAACCUGCAGCCUGUAUCUAUAUUUGAUUCCUCUCUCUUUACUUAUCCAAGAAUGUCACCACCAGCUCUUUCAUCUGAAAGUCCUGUCUCUCUAUCACCGAAAUUCCCCGAUUGGGUCCGAAAUCCGGAUACUGCAAGCAACAAACAUCAAAAUUCAGAUAAAAAUACAAAGAUUUCUGAUGAUCACCCUGAGCAGGCCGGUUCUCCACCGCUACGCUCCUCUCACUCAUCUUCAGAACCAUCACAUGAUUAAUUUUGAGUUGGUUGAAAUUUCUUCUUUUUGUUUUAUUGAUACUUUUUUUUUCUUUAUAUAUUUUGUACUUUUAAAGGAGAUUUUUGUGACAUGUACACCUCCUGGCCCCCCUUUUUCACCUGUGGUUCUGCAGAGUGUGUGAUAGGUUGUCUUGAAAUGAAAUACGAUGAGCAAAAUCUGGGGUCAUUGGAAGGCAUUUUUUGUUGUGAAUAAAAUGCAGGUGAAAAUUUGUCA